UGGAUGUCAUAAAAUUUCAGCGCAUUCUCCAGUACGUUCACAACUACCAUCAAGAGGUGAAAAAAGUUAUAGACGCAGCCCGAGGUAGCUGGGAAAGGUUCGAAGAGGGAAUGCAGAGGAAGUACCGCCUGGGAGAUGGACUAUUGACCACUGCGGACCUUGAAGCAAUGAACAAGGAGGAUUUUACRACGAUAGGGGCCUUUGUUCAGGAGUUCAAGAAGAGGGCGCGGAAGGUCCAUGGGAUUUCAGAGGAGGCAAAGUGCGCCAUCUUCCUGGGACUACUCACGGCAUCAGAGGCCGUUGAGCUGACGAGACAUGGAGGGGGUAGCACCAAACUCACAUGGGCCACCAUUGACAGAUGGGUGGAAGUUGGAUGUUUAGACCAGGUGGAGCAACGUCAGGCACGCCUGCAAAGGCAGAAGAGAAAGGAAAGAGAUGCGACCGCUUCUGGGACCCCGGGGGUAACAAGGAUUGUUACAGACGUACUGGCACAGCUGGGGUAUGCGACAGAGCCGGUGGUGCAAAGGAGGGUAGUAACGGCUGUCCAAGUGAAGGGAAAGGAGCCGGUGAUAGAGGAGGUUGUUCAGGAGGAGCUCUUGGAAGAGGAAGAGCUGGUGCCGCAGCGCCUGACGAACGCCCAACGCAAAGGGAAUCAAGGCCAAGGGUACCCAGGCCAGGGGUAUCAAGGCCAGGGGGAUCAGGGAAGUCUGGGGUAUGGGAGACCCCGUUUUGACUGGAGGACGGCCAUCUGCCAGCACUGUGACCAGCAAGGCCACACCAUAAGGUUCUGUAACAUAAGACGGGAGGACGAGAGGAGCGGGAUGAUCUCCUCCACCAUGGAUGGGAACAUUUACGAUCAGUUUGGGGAGGCUAUUGACAGAAGGCUUGGAGGAGUGAGAGCGGAAGCCCAACGAAGGGCGGCAACUGGGCCGUCACCCCCUGCCACGAUCAAGCUAUGGCAGGAAAAGGAGGAACCACCGAUUGGGGUAGAGGAAGUGGGGAACGACGAGGAAGUGACUCAAGGACCACGUGGAGGAAGUAGGAGGGAAGAGCCCAUAAUCAUCGAAUCGGAUGAUGAAGACGAGGAAAGAAGGAUGAAAUCGCCAUCCGUCUUAUUGAGGAAGAUGGAGCACCUACUGAAGAAGGUGGGAAGGUACCUUCAGAAGUUGGUAGACCUCUGCGACGAAGUGAAGAGAUGGAGGUCUAACAUCCCCAAGGUGUUCCUCUAUGACUCCGUCCCGGAGUCAGCGAGUGGGCGACCCGAAGUAAAUGUGGUGGGGUCGUGCCCACAAUCGGGAAUGAUGGGGAGACCCCUCACCUCGCAGGCCCGGCUGGCACAAGCAGCGCGAACGAGGAAUCAAGCCAAGGCCAGUGCCAGCCAAGAGCCUCCGAGGAGGGAGCCCGAACCGGGGAAAAGAAAGGAGGCUGUGGAAGUGGAGGAUGACGACAAUGAGGAGGAAGAGGACGAGAGGCUACGCAGAGAAGAGGAUCAGAAAGCGGAGCAGCGGGCAAGGCAAAAGGGAGCCAGGGGAGAGGUCGAGCCGGUCGUGUGUGACGGACCGCCCAAAAGGAAGAAGUAUGCGGUUCAGUUGGAGGAGAGGGUUGACGUGGAGAGAGUGAUCGAUCGGCUGCUAGAAAGGCAUAAUGACUUCGUGACUCUGAAGGAAAUCCUGGCGUCAGCCCCGCGACUCCGCGAUGAAUUGAAAGGGAGGUUGUCACGGCGCUUGGUGUCCAACGUCCAUCUAGGCACGAUUCUGCCCAAGGAGGGAGAGUGGGCGGAGUCAGGCACGAAGAUGGAUUGGAAGUGCGUGGCCUGCGACACGGUGGAUUUAGUGGUGAAGGGCUCCAAGUGUGCAACAAUGGUGGACACCGGGGCGGAAAUGAACAUCAUCCGGGAGGCGGAUGCUAUCAGAUUCGGGCUAGACAUAGACCGAUAUGAAUGCGGUAUUUUGCACGGGGCCAGCUGCAAGGCCGUGUUUUGUGGGAGAGCGUCGAAUGUACUCAUCGAGGUUGGAAACGUGAAGGCCCGAGCUUGCUUCUUGAUCAUGUCGGACGUGGACCAUGGGAUCCUCCUAGGGAGGAACCGGCCCAACCCGGGAUCCUUCACGAUCGAAGAAUCGGAAGGCGAGCGUAGAAGACUUCGGGCGGAGCCGGAAGGAGAAGAAGAGGUGAAAGCAUUUUCCCUUAGCCUAUCGGACAUCGGAAAGGUCAUGGAUUUAGUGGCCGCACAUGAGAUGGCGGAUCCGGAUGCCAUCCAGGACUUGAGGGAGCAAGUUCUGGAAUGCCCUGAGGCUGGGAGAUUUGAGCUGGUGUACCGUCUUCCAGAUGGAAGAAAGAACCCCGCGUCCUCGCAGGCGGUAUCUUUAGUUAGCCCCCAUAUCACCAUCGACGAUUUGACGGUGAAGGGGCCGGCAAUAAAGGAGAGCGACGAGGUGUUGCCAGGGGUAAGGCGCUUUGUUUCGAAGCACAUCGAGGACCUCGAUAAAGUCCUGAGUCUGCUUGAGGAGCACAACCUCACGGCGAGCGGGGCCAAAUCCAGACACUGCAUGAGGGAAGCGACUAUCUUGGGGUUCGUCUGCAGCGAGAAGGGACGAAGGCCAGAUGUGAAGAAGACGGACAAGAUUACUGAGUGGCCAGUUUUGUUCCACUCAAUAACUGAUGUCCGAAGCUUUCUUGAGAGAAACUACUCUCAGUUCAAAAGGGAGACUCUUGCUGUCCUCCACUGUCUACGGAUCUUCCGGAACUACAUCUUCGGCAGGAGGUUUAUUUUGAGAGUGGACCCAACCGCCCUGACCUACUCUCUAAGGAAUUACGUUCCAUCGGAUCCGAUGGUUGCCAGAUGGCUGACGUACAUCUGGAUGUUUAACUUCGAGUUGGAGCGUAUUCCUGGUAGCAAGAACCAGGCGGAUGGGCUGAGUCGUAUCAACUGGGAUAACCAGGAAGGAGAGGCGGUGGAGAAUACGCCCCCAGUUGAUGGAUUCCUGGAUCAGGAGGAAGAUGUCCGUCUCCAUAUCAACAACUGGUCGCUGCGAGUGCCUAGCUGUGUGGGCUAUCCUAUUUGGCAAGCGCCGAUCGGAUAUGAAAGGAGGGCAGAGCUAGUCCUCAAACCCUUUGAAGAAGAAGAUCCUUGGGGAGGGAAUGUGGACGAAGUGUCCGAGAGCCAGGACGACGAGUUCGAGGAGGGGGAGAUUAAGGAGACCUUUCAUGCGGAGGAGUAUGAUGGGAUCUAUCUAGAGUUGGGGCUUCUCUUGUCUUGCGAGAUGCGGCUCAGGGAUGCAGCGCUACUUAGUGCAAGAUGGCCACCUCUUCGUAAAAAGAGAAAUGGGGAAUCCCAGGAGAGUCGUCUGCGGUCUGACUUUACGAAGACAACCAUGCCAAAAGGAGGAAAGGGAACACGGCCGCCUCAGAGGCCGUUGGGAGCAUUAGGAGGAUAUGAGCGGCAUGGGCUUCGCCAUCGAGAUAGUACUCCGGUGUACGAUGAUGGGGACAUCGAGCUAUUCCUGGACUACUUCUGGGAUCAUGCGAGGCGUAUGGGCUGGACCGUGGCCCAGGCGAUUGAGAGACUGAGGGGAGCAGGCAGAUUCGAGGAGCCCGUCGUGCGGAUCCGUAGGGAGGCGACGACGAGAUCAGAGGUGGAGUGGAGGAUGCAGGAGCUGCGACCCUCGCCUGUGGGACCUGAUGGCACGCCGAUCCACCUGGAGAUUGGAAAUGCGUCGGAUUUCAUCCCCGCGUUUGAGUGGUUCAUGCAAGGGCAGGGUAUACUGAGAGAUGAUUGGAUGCAGACUCUACCACUCUGGACCAGGAAGGCGGAAAGGCCACUGGCUAGCCAAGUCAGAAGCAUGGCCCGGGACUGGGAGAGCUGCAGGGCACAUCUGAGAGAGGCCUUUCGACAGCCAGAGCCCCCUCAGCCCAGAGUUGAGAGGCGUCAGAGGAGUCAGAGGCAGAGGGACCCUGAGCCAAGGGAGGCGAGACCAUCUCGAGGAGGACGAAAGGCCCUAGCUAGGAGAGAGGAGGAGCCAAAGGCUGAGGAGCGAGGCGCGUACCCUGAGUGUGGGUUGGGACCAGUGGAGUUCCAUCGUUUUGCCGAAGGUGAAUUGAGGAGGUCGCCAACACGCACACCGGAGGGUCCAGCGUCUGAGGAGCCUUUGAGGGAGUUGGAGGCGCACUUGGAUAUCUCUCAGUGGAGAGCGUCGCCCCGGGGUGAGGAGCGUGGAGAGCAGGCAGAGGAGGUGCCACGAGAGGAGGUGCCGCAGGAGGAGGUCCAGGAUACUCGGCGAGAGAGAGGGCUGGACGAUGAGGGGAGACGUGCAGGGAAGGAAGUAAUAGAGGUUGGAGAGGACACGCCCCCUCAGACGCCAGCGACACCUAGCAGCUCAUGCCUGGAGCACCCAGACCUGGAAGAGCCAACACCUGUAGAGCCGCGCCAGGAGCCGUGCCAGCCCGAGAAGGAGAUAGAGGCAGAGAUCCCGAAGAGGGUUGACCUCCGAACGAGGGAUAGGGCGCCAGCUGGAGGGACAGCAGAGGAAAAGAGGGCGAGAAGAACCAGGAGGAUAGACGAGAUAUGGCAAGAGAGGCAGAGGUUGGAAGCAGUGGGGGAGCUUCCGGAGCAGCAGCAGGAGAGGCAAAGAUCAGAGGCAGCAGGACCACUCCCAGGUCAGCCACCUGCCGCGCCAGCGAGGGCCCCGGAGAUCCCUGAGAUGUGGAGGGACUUCUGGGAGUAGAGAGGAGAGGAGCUUCCUUCGCCAGUCAGAGCCGGGCUUGGGGUGGCAAGGAAGGCAGAAGAAAGGUUGGAUCGCAAAAUCAAGUUCCUGGCCAAGG